AUGGGGCACGUGCACCUAGUGCCGCCGCCGCCGCCGCCGCCCCGCUGUUGCCGCUGUGCCACCUCGCUCUCGGUGCCCGAUUGUUACCACACAUGCGUACCUUCCCUGCAGGGCACGAUGACGUUUGGGGAGCAGAACAGCGAGGAGGAGGCGUGGGAGCAGCUGGACUAUGCCGUCGGGCAGGGGGUCAACUUUAUUGACACCGCGGAGCUGUACCCGGUGCCGCCGUCCCCCGAGACGUGCGGCCGCACCGAGGAGAUCGUCGGGCGGUGGAUGGCGGCGCGGGGCUGCCGCGACAAGGUUUUGCUGGCCACCAAGGUCAUGGGCGGCUCCAAGGUGCGGCGGCGCGGGGCGGGUGUGGGUCCCGCCCAGAUUGUUGCCGCUGUGGAGGGGUCGCUGCGCCGCCUGCAGACGCACUAUGUGGACCUCCUGCAGCUGCACUGGCCCGACCGCUACGUCCCGCUGUGGGGCAAGAACCAGUACCACGCAUCCCAGCGGUACGACCCGGUACCGUUCGAGGAGCAGGUGGCGGCCGUGGGGAAGCUGAUCCAGGAGGGCAAGGUGCGCCACUGGGGCCUCUCCAACGAGACCGCCUACGGCGUGUGCCGCAUGUGCGAGGCGGCGACGCGGCUGGGGGUGCCGCCCCCCAUCUCCAUACAGAACGACUUCAGCCUGCUGGACCGCCGUUUCGAGUCGCAGCUGGCGGAGGCGUGCGCUCCCCACCACCACAACAUCGGCCUGCUGCCAUACGGCCCCCUGGCGGGGGGGACCCUCACAGACAAGUACUUUGCGGGCGGCAGCGGGCCGGGGCCCAACUCACGGCACUUCCCGGGCUUCCAGCCGCGCUACCACUCCGCCGCCUCCAUGGCCGCGGCCGCAGAGUAUGCGGCGGUGGCGAAGGGCGCGGGGCUGACUCUGGCGCAGCUGGCGCUGGCGUGGUGUGCGUCGCGCUGGUAUGUCGCCUCCACCAUCAUCGGCGCCACCACCCUGCAGCAGCUCCAGGAAAACAUCGCCGCCUUUGAGGUGGAGCUGGAUGCGGCCACGCUGGCGGCGGUGGACGCCGUGCACCUGCGCCACCGCAACCCAAACGUCACCGACUGA